AUGGCAAACCAAGGUGAACCAUAUUCAAAUUCAGAAAGAUAUAGAAGACUAAUUGGAAAGCUCAAUUAUCUCACAAUUACAAGACUUGACAUCUCCUUUGCAGUUCAGUUCAUGCAGGCUCCUCAUGUUGAUGACUGGAAAUUUGUGAUUCGCAUUCUCGAGUUCAUUAAAAAGGCUCUAGGACAAGGAUUUUUAUAUGAGGACAAAGGAAAUACCCAAAUUUUUGGGUAUUGUGAUGGUGAUUGGGCUGGAUGCCCCAUAGGAAGAAAGUCCACUACUGGAUAUUGUGUAUUCAUUAGAGGCAAUAUUAUCUCUUGGAAGAGCAAGAAACAAGACAUUGUUGCUCAGUCCAAUGCAUUCGCAGAAUAUAGGGCCAUGGCCAUAACCACUUGUGAGUUAGUUUGGAUCAAACAACUUCUUCAAGAGUUGCAAUUUUGUGAGGUUAAACAAAUGAAGUUGUAUUGUGACAACGACAGUUCUUCACAUUGCUUCCGAUCAUAUGUUUCAUGA